ACAUGCGCAUGCACUGGCAGCUCAAGAAUGUGGAAACGCUGCGGAAACUCAAGCUUAUGCAAAAUACGAUGAACAAAGAUCCAGAAUCGUUCUUGGCCAGUUCGCAUCAGCAACAACAACAACAACAACAACAGCAGCCAGAAGAAGCUUCCGAUAAUGAUCUGUGGGACGCCGAAAUCGAGCAUAAUCUUGCCCUGCUGGAAACGAUCUUAGCAGCUGGCAACACUGCCAGCAACAAACGGAGCAGUUCGAAGAGGGAGCGCAGCAAAUCGGUCAUCAACGAGGACAUCUCCAGCUUCCUGCAGCACGUCGGUGGUUCCUCCGGCAGCAAGGAUGGCAGUCGGAACUACCCGCUGCGGCGCCAAAGUGCCAUCACCGACUUCAAGCCGAAGGUGUCCAAGUGGACCAAGGUGAAGGCCGCCUUCAAGUGGGAGAAAACGAGCGCCCUUCCGGUGCCGGAGCUGAAAACGGCCGACAAUCCGGUCGAGGCACUGAUGAGUCCUGUCAAUACCGAACUCGCACGUUAUCUGCGGGUACCGUCAGUUCCGUGCGUCGGCAGCUCGGGCGAUUCGGUGUUCAGCUCGUCGUCGGGUAUCGUCAUGAGUGGAGGUUCCGGUCCGGGGACACCCGGUGAUAACAGCCUGGCCAGCUCCGCCGAAGAUCUCGCCCAUUUGAACGAUGACAGUCGAACGGGAAUUCCAAAGGUGGAUGUGGAAAUUCGCGGAUGGGUGGUCAAAAGAACUAAGAGCGAAGGGGAAGAGAAGAAAAACACUGUUUGGUGGUGA